CAAUAAACCCUCACACUACACCAUCCAUUCUCCACCGUUGUUCAUCGCUGGAAAGUAAUAUUGCGAACCCUUGUUGCAUUGCAUAUUUCCCGAUUCACCCACUCUCACUGUACUUGGAGAGGAGAAAUUUAGAAUCCUUAAAUAUUUGCAACACCCCCCCUCGUUGGACGGCACUAAAGUACACACUUCUUACCAGCACUCCCACACAACCAUGCCACUCCCUGACUGGAUCAUAACACUCUCGGGAUGGUCUUCCCUCAUAGCAUCACUCAUUAUAUUCAGUUCGAUAUUUCUCCAUUUACUAAACUAUCGGAAACCAUUUGAUCAGCGAUUAAUGAUAAGAAUUCAACUCAUUGUCCCGCUCUUUGCCGCGUCGUGCUUUGCCAUGCUAGUGGACCCGGGCUCGGUAUUCAACCGCUUUGUGUUAGAGCCUACGAGAGAGAUCUAUGAAGCAUUUGUCAUCUACACGUUUUUCUCCCUCCUCACUCAAAUGCUUGGUGGAGAACGUAAUAUUAUCAUUAGAACUAGUGGUCGUGAACCAGUGCCGCAUCCUGGGUUAGUUGGAUACAUUUUCCCGGACUUGGAUAUCCUGGACCCACAUACAUUCAUGAAUGUGAAACGAGGUAUCUUGCAAUAUGUAUGGUUGAAACCAAUCAUAUGUUUCUCGAUUCUCUUCACAGAAGUGGCGGGUGUUUACAACGUCAAUGAUACAAGCAUCACUUCGGUUUAUCUCUGGCUUACCAUCAUAUACAAUGCUAGUGUUCUGUUGUCGCUCUAUUGUUUGGCAAUUUUCUGGAAAAUCUUAUGGACUGAUCUCAAACCUUUUGAACCAGUGGGUAAGUUUCUUUGUGUUAAAUUGAUUAUUUUUGCCAGUUAUUGGCAGGGGAUCCUUCUUGCCAUCUUCAACAUGUGUGGUUGGUUACCUCAAGGUAAUGAAGAUGGCUCAAACACAAAUAUAGGUACCUCUAUUCAAAACGCUCUACUUUGUGUGGAACUCAUUUUCUUUGCCAUUGGUCAUUGGUAUUCAUUCCUGUAUGUCCCAUUCACAAUCUCUCACAUUCCUAAUGGUAGACUCCAAUUCUGGUAUGCUCUUAAAGAUGUCUUGGGGGUAAAAGACUUGGUUCAUGAUUUCCAACUUACCUUUUAUGGUGAUUAUUACAAGGAUUAUAAACAAUUUGAUUCAGUGGAAGCCUUGAUUGCCCAUCCAGACUCACGCGGGCGUAUGAGUAGAAUCAAUCAAGGCUUGAGAUAUCAUAGUGAUGGAACACAAAAGCACUGGUUGGGUGGUAGUACCCUUGAUCGUAAUGUGAAAGUAUUGAGUAGUGAGAAUCUUUCAACCAGUGAAUCUCAAGCAUUCCAAUUUGGUGAAGAUACUUCGUCAAACAUGCCUCCUAAUGAUGUACGGGUUGCUGCCGCUACUGCUGCUGCUGCUUCAGGGGGCCACACUUCUGGAGACUCGACAUCUCAUCGUUCAAUCCAAUCAACCCUUGGUCUUGACUCCUUUGCUAAGGAACAACUUGAUGAAGAUGAACAAUACUAUGUUGCUGCAACUCUGGUGAUAAACAAUUAUAAUUUGGAUCAACGUGAAGUGAAACGUUUGCUCAACUAUCCAAUUGUCGACGAAGUCGUUGAUGGUCAUCUAUUUGGACACAAGGUCAAGAAACUUCGUGCUGAACGAUUGAGACAGCAACAAACCAGUGGAACCGGCGACUAUGGAAGUAUGGCUUAAUAUACAUAUAUAUUUAUAGAUCCACUACAUUGUUGAAAUAAAAACGGUCUACGUGUUAAUAAAUAUUUCCUAUAUACAUGGGUAUGUGUUUUUUUUCUUGUG